UGAGCUCGGCGCUUCCGGGUGCGGCGCCGCCACGUGACCGCGGCUUAAAGGGAAAGCAGCGGCGGGCGGGUGGGCGCCGGCAGGUCCGCGGAGGCGCCAGGCCGCCAGCCAUGGCCGAUGAGCUGAAAAGGUAUCUCUACAAGAAGCUGCCGAGUGUUGAAGGUCUUCAUGCUAUCGUGGUCUCAGACAGAGAUGGUGUGCCUGUUAUCAAAGUUGCCAAUGACAAUGCUCCAGAACACGCACUGCGACCUGGCUUUCUGUCCACCUUCGCCCUUGCCACAGAUCAGGGUAGUAAGCUGGGACUUUCUAAAAACAAAAGCAUCAUCUGUUACUACAACACAUACCAGGUGGUGCAGUUCAACCGCUUACCUCUGGUAGUAAGUUUCAUUGCUAGCAGCAAUGCCAAUACCGGGCUGAUUGUAAGUUUAGAGAAGGAGCUCACACCCCUGUUUGAAGAACUGAGGCAGGUUGUUGAAGUUUCUUAACCUGCUGGUAGAGCUGGAGCGCAGCAUCCCUCUGCAGCCCAGUGGACAGAAGAUUCAAUAAUCCUCACUCAAAUAACACGUCUCAGAAGAAAUACCACAACUCCUCAGUAUACUAAGUAAGAGUAAAUU